CUUGGUUUACAUACGGCGGGCGCCCUCCCCGCCAAAAGGCGAGGAAGCGGCAGGCGCCCUCUAGAAGAGGCCGAAGAACUUCUUCUCCGGCGCCUUCUGCCCGCCGGGCGUGAUUUUGGGCGCGGCGCCCAUCAUGCGGCGGCCCGAGUUCAUGCGCUUGAUCUCCUGCUGCGACAAAGCGCCGGAGUCGCGCCACAUCUGCUGGUCGUUCGUGAGGCCGUUGCGCUUCGCGCGCGCGGCGAGGUCGUCGCCCUUGGCGCCGCCGCCCCAGUUCAGGGCCUCCCCGAAGAAGCCGAUGUCGGGCUUGAUGUUGUUGUACUUCUUGUCCGACGCGAGCUCGCGCUUCUGCUCCGCUUUGCCGUCGUUGUAGGCCGUCAUGCCGAAGCCCGUCUUCAUCCAGCCCUUCUUGCCCUUGAGGUCCGAGUUGUCCCAGGACCCGCCGCGCUGCAUGUAGGGCACGUCCUUCAGCGCGAUGUUGCCCUUGCGCACCUCGUCGGGGUUCACGGCGAACAAAUGCGUCGCCUCGCCGCGCUCCAUCGCGUCGACGAACGAGUUGAAGGAGCGGCUCUUGAAGCCGCGCGCGCCGCCCGCGCCGAAGUUCUUGCCCGUGCGCUGCUUCUUUUCUUUAUCCUGGAUCUUCUUCCACUCGGCGGCGGACAUGCCUGCGCGUCGUCGACCGGUGAGUUUUGUUGCGCAAGCAGAGCCUCGCCCCGCCCCGCCGUCGCGCAGGCGCCGCGUCGACGGCGUGGAGGCCACGACGCGGCCGGGGGCGGAGUUUGAAACGCCGCGAAAUUUGAUUUGUACGCCGGGACGUGCCGCUCGGGACGUACGCGGAGAGUUUCGUGAGGCCCGGCGCCGUGGGGGCGGGCGGGACGAGGGCGAGCGCCGUCGCGACGAGCGUCGCGAGGAGCCAGUGCUGCGCCAUGGCGUCUAGUGGUGCUGUGUCUGCUUUCGAAGCAAGUUGGAUUGCGCGCCUUAUCGCUGCGGACGCGCGAGGAAAUUGCACGAGGAGCUGCGAUAGGCCGCUGAGAUGGUAGACGUAGCUGGUGCGGUGCGUUGCGGGCACCUGGUUUGGUUCUGGCUGUCAAAACAGAGAUUAGCAGGUCCUGACGGUCGACUUGCG